GGACCCGGAUGAGGAGCUGGGCCAGGUUGCAGGACCAGCAUUGCCCCCGGACUACAGAAGCAGCAGCAGCUCAGAAGCUCCUGAUAGUGACGACGAUUCUGAAUCUCUUCCUCUGCCUAGAGACACAGGUGGAGAUUCUGGAGAGGAUUCAGGAGCUUCACAACCCAAGAAGCCAAAAAGAAUUCAGGAAAAUGAUGAUGAUGAUGGCUUUUUUGGGCCUGCUCUUCCUCCUGGGUUUAAAAAAAGAGGAUGAUUCCCCAGAGAGGCCUAUCAUAGGUCCUGCAUUACCGCCUGGCUUUAGGAAAUCUGCACAGGACACUGGGAGUAACAGAUCUUCAAUAGGACCAUCUGCUUCAUCACAAUUCACCGAGACAACGGAUAGUAGCGAGGAAGAAGACAACAUUAUAGGCCCAAUGCCUGCAAAAGAACUAGUGGAGUCUGAUGUGACUCAAGAAUUUGAACGCAGAGCUCAGAGAAUGAAGGAGAAACUUACCUCAGCAGACAGCGAUGAACCCAAGCAAGUUACAAGGGAAUCGUGGAUGACGGAACUUCCACCUGAGCUGAAAAGCUUUGGAUUUGGACCAAGAACAUUCAAGAGAAGAGCUGAAGAUAAAUCGGGUGAUAGGUCUGUGUGGACAGAUACUCCAGCUGACAGAGAGAGAAAAGCCAAGGAAAGAGAAGAAGCAAAGAAGUCAACCAGUAAGGAUAAUGAAGAAAUUGUAUUAUCUGGGAGAGACAAGAGACUUGUUGAGCAGGUGACUUCAUAUAAUGAGUCAAAGCGAUCAGAGUCUCUCAUGGAUAUACAUCAGAAAAAGCUGAAGAGCAAAGCAUCUGAAGAAAAGAACAAACCUCAGGAGAGAAGGCCGUUUGACCGAGAGCAGGAUCUCAAAGUCAUUCGAUUUGAUGAAGCACAGAAGAAAGCCCUGAUAAGAAAAUCCAGGGAUCUGAAUUCUAAAUUUGAGCACAGUAAAGGCAAUAUGUUUUUAUAAGGUAAAAGCAUGAAGCUUUUUUGAAGUCAAUUGAGAUUUGAAUACUUAAUUUUUUAAGUAUUUUUUUUCUGUAAAUAUUUGUACGCAAAAUAAAUAUCCUGAUGUUUAACUAGU